GUUUGUUGUUGUGCCGGACAAGCAUGGAUUUAAUGGAAUUGUUUUUCAUUCCUCUUGGCACUGCAGUUAUUGUCUGCUAUGGAGUGAAACUGCUGCUUUUUAGUAGGAUGCUUUUUCCCAAGAUGUGGUUUCCACUGUCAAAGUCCUUUUUCACCUCUAUGGGAGAGUGGGCAGUUGUGACCGGUGCCUCAGAGGGAAUAGGAAGAGCAUAUGCAUUUGCACUGGCUGAGCAAGGAAUGAAUGUGGUAAUCAUGAGUAGAACCAAAGAAGCCCUGGACCAGGUGGCCAAGGAAAUAGGUGAUACCACAGGGCAGAAGGUGAAAGUGAUAAUAACGGACUUCAUACAAGAAAACGUCUACAGUGAAAUUGAAGAUCAGCUUAGGGACCUCAACAUUGGGGUUUUAGUCAAUAAUGUCGGCGUUCUGCCCAGCUACAUCCCCUGCAAAUUCCUUGAGUCUGCAGAGCUGGACCAGACAAUCACAAGGGUGAUAAACUGCAAUGUGAAAACUGUGGCCAAGAUGUGCAAAAUAAUCCUUCCAGGCAUGGAGAAAAGGAGAAAAGGGGUGAUUUUGAAUAUUUCGUCAGGAGCUGCCUCUGUUCCAUUCCCCCUGUACACCCUGUAUGCUGCAUCGAAGGUGUUCGUGGAAAGAUUUUCCCAAGGUCUACAAGCUGAAUACAAAGAUAAAGGGAUUAUCAUACAGGCAGUGUCUCCAUUUGGGGUUUCCACUCGGAUGGUAGAUUACCAAAAAACCAACAUGAUGAUCCUAUCACCAGAAGACUUCGUAAAAAGCUCCCUGCAGUACCUCAGAGCUGGAGACAAAACACAUGGCAGUGUCUGUCACAUACUUCUGGGCUGGUUACUGCAAUCAAUUCCCUCCAAGGUUCUCUAUGCAGAGUAUGUGCUGCACAGUCUACAAGACUAUGUGAAGAAGAAAGCAGCACAGAGGGCAUUAAAUGCAACCUUUGAAAAUCAUAAAACUAAAUAACCAGGAACAGCAAUGUCAAGACGUUUGGCCUUAUUAUUACUCAAAUGAUGUUGACAAAUCUAAGUUUUCUGUUUCUCAUUUAAACAUAGUGGUAAUUGUUGUACACCAUGUAUCAUUAUAACAACAGUUACUGGACAGUUGCACUUUUUGUUCAUGUAAAUUGUGACAUUGUGGGUAAGCCACCUUCAGGAGAGCGCCUUUAUGAAUGGUAUAUUUCCUUCAGUUCUUAUGUUUGGAGCGAUUGAUGUGUCUCCGCUUUAUUCCAAAUACACAUAGUCUACUCUUGCAGUAGAGAAACAUACUGUCACCUGUACAAUUUAACAUGAUUCAACACGACUUUGCUGCUAUAAAGUCUGCUGUCAUGAUGCCUGUAAUGUUUAGUUUUUAUAGAGGUGUUAA